UUCGUGUGUGCGUUCGCCCGCACGCGCGCUUAUAGCAGAUGUGACACAAUGAAUAGGACCCGCUUGUAUUGUACUAUUGAAGAGUUGCCUGUCUUUGUUUGGAGACCCAGGCACCUCCUCUGAAAAGUUUCCUUUCAGUAGCUAUAGGAACUUUGCGCGUCAAGGGAGUCGGUGUUAGCUUCUCCUCACUUAUUUAUUUUGCAAUAUGAUAUUUUACAGUUGUUGAAGCUCUAGCAGACUUAUUUUUUAACCUGUGUGGUUCAGAAUAAAGUAGGAUAUUUUCCUGACAUGAGGAGUUGAACAAUGGGAGUUUUGGACACAAGGAGAAAGGCCGCGGGAAGGCCUCUGUUCUGRCUGUUUCUCUCAGCUUUAUACAGAGCAUCAUUUUCCGCUGAACUUUCUUAUUCCGUACUAGAGGAAUUAAAACCGGGGGCUUUUGUCGGGGACAUAGCGAAGGCCUUGGGCCUCAACAUACCAACGCUUUUAAACAGAAAUCCACGAGUUAUGUCGGAGUCUAAUGCUAAGUAUUUUGACGUGAAUGCGAGUGGAGUUUUAGUUGUCAGACAAACCAUGGACAGAGAAAGUCUUUGUGGAUUAACUUUGACAUGUUCUCUUACUGUUCAACUUGUUCUUCAGAACCCUCUGGAAUUACACCGUGUUGUUGUGGAGAUAGUGGAUGUAAAUGACAAUUCUCCUCAGUUUCCAUCAGGAAAUAUUUAUCUUGAAGUGUCUGAGGCGGCCGCGCCGGGCACUAGGUUUGGUUUGGACAGCGCGCAAGAUCUAUACGUAGACGUCAACUCAUUACGCACAUUCACUCUCAGUCCUAACGACUGUUUCAUAUUGAAACUUGAAUCAAAAAGUGAUGGCAGCAAAUUCCCCGAGUUAUUAUUGGACAAACCGCUAGACAGGGAAAAGCAGGCGGUGUUUCACCUGCUACUUACGACUGCAGACGGCAGACAGCCACAGAAAUCAGGGACUACCUCUGUUGUUAUCGAUAUACUAGAUGUCAAUGAUAAUGCCCCGGUAUUUGACCAACCAAUUAAAACUGUMAGUUUGUUUGAAAACUCUCCACAGGGCACUUUAGUGACUAAACUCAAUGCAUCGGAUGCUGAUUAUGGUCAUAAUGGAAAGAUAUCUUACCACUUUAGUAAGUACACCUCAGAAACAGCGCUGAAACUUUUCACUGUGGAUCCCAUAAGUGGAGAAAUCCGAGUGAAAGGGGAGGUUGAUUARGAAAUGUCGGACAUUUAUGACAUCACUGUGCAAGCCAGGGAUAGAGGGACCCCUGCCAUGGAGUGCUCCUGCCACAUUAAAAUCAAAAUAAUAGACGUGAACGACAACAGUCCGAAGAUCAUCAUAAACUCACUAUCUGAAAUGGUCCAGGAGGAUGUGGAAUCAGGCACUGUUAUAGCUCUGAUUAGUAUCAGGGACAUGGACGCUGGUAGAAACGGGGAGGUUAACGUCCACAUCCCCCCUGGGCUGCCAUUUAGGUUGAUAUCCCCCUUUGAGGAGCACUAUACCCUGGUGACAGACGGCCCUUUGGACCGAGAGGCUGUGUCUGAAUACACCAUCAUCGUGACAGCCACAGACUCCGGCUCUCCCCCUCGCUCUGCACAACAGUUCUUUAUGAUCACUCUUUCAGAUGUAAAUGACAACGCCCCCCUCUUCUCCCAGUCCUCCUACUCUGUUGAUAUAGCGGAGAACAAUGCCUCUGGUGCGCUCAUUCUGACUGUGUCUGCGUUCGACCAGGACCUGGGCCAGAACGCUCACCUCUCCUUCACCAUCCUGGAGAGUGAGGUGCAGGGCUCGCCUGUGUCCUCUUUUGUCUACAUAAACUCUAAGAACGGGAACCUGUAUGCAGUGCGAGCCCUCGACCACGAGCAGAUGAAUGUGUUCUGGGUGCAGGUGCAGGUUAGGGACGCGGGGACACCUGUACAGAGCUCUAACGUGACUGUGCAUGUGUUUGUGAUUGAUGAAAAUGACCACUCUCCUGCCCUGAUCUACCCCGCUCKGCCCCCAGACGGUGUGCUGCAGCUGUCUGUGCCCCGCUUGGCUAGCAAAGGCCACCUGGUCAACAGGGUGGUGUGUGUGGACGAAGACAGUGGGCACAACGCCUGGCUCUUCUACAGUCUCUCUGGGAGGGAUGCAGGGCUCUUUCAUGUUGGGGCCCACAGCGGGGAGGUGCGAACAGCCCGUAGAUUUGAGGAGGAAGAUAUUACGUUCACUAUCAUAGUGCUGGUGCAGGACAAUGGUAUGCCCGCUCUCUCCACCAGUGUGUCAGUCAAUAUUACUGUGUCUGAGAAGGGUACAGACACAUCCUCUCAGAUCAGGAGGGCUCCCUCCAGGCAACAGAGUGGGGGGUCUGGCCUCACCCUGGCUCUGAUUGGCUGUCUGACUUGCGUCUCCAUUGUGUGUUUGGUGGUAAUUGUUGCCAUGGUGAUGCGCUGGAUGAGAUACAGAGGAUACKUGACUUGGUUGGGCCUGGGCACCAGGCAGYCCCUUCACUCCCACUCUCAUAAAGACCUCCACCUGCAGCUCAAUAAAGACGGGCCUCUGCGCUACAUGAAGGUGGUGGGGCCUCAGGAGCCGCACACACAUACCUACAGACCCUGUUACCCCACCCUCUCCAGCAGUGACAGGGACUUUGUGUUCGUUAAGACUCCCAUGAUGAACCAGAACACUCUGAGUGUAACCCUCACCAACAAACACACUAGCAAAGCCAAAAAGCAAAAACCACCCAACAAUGACUGGCGCUUUACCCAGCAGGGACAGAGACCCGGACCCAGUGGCACGUACAGGUACAGCACCAGCACCCAGCAGAGAUGGACACCGUACAGCAAGGCGAGAGCUGGCCCCCAUCCUGACGGGGCAGGUGGUGCUAUAGUUGGAACAGGACCCUGGCCCAACCCCCCCACUGAGGCUGAACAGCUCCAGGCUCUGAUGGCUGCUGCCAACGAGGUGAGUGAAGCGACAGCAACCCUWGGCCCCCGCUACAAUGCCCAGUUCCCCAUGCAGCAUGUGCCCGAUUACCGCCAGAACGUCUACAUCCCCGGCAGCACGGCCACCCUGACAACCAACCCCCAGCAGAUGAUGCCCCAGCCGGCCCUGCAGGGCCCGCCUCAGGCCAUACCCCAGGUCGAUGUCCCCAACGCUGCCCAGACCCCCGCCAGCAAGAAGAAGACCACCAAGAAGGACAAGAAGUAAGCCAAGCUAACACCAAGCCCCAUCGCCACAUAAACCAAGACCCUGACCCCCAUACUGCCGAGUGUCUUCCCUCAUUGGAAGCCUUGAUCUUUGUUUUUCUUAUGCUAUUCAAUCUGAUAGUUCAAUCUGAUAGUCCCAGAAUUUUGGAUGUUUGUGAGCAUAUGUCACUUUGCAAAUGUUUGUAAUGGGCAACCGCUGUACUUCUAGCUUCUAUGGUCAUCACAGCUUACUUCAGGCAGAGGUUAUUGGUGUGUUCUAUGUGGGGUGGGAGGGGGAGGAAGAUUACAUUAGAUUUAUAUUGGAUCCAGAUGGAUUUCAGGGACCUGGAAUUCAUGUAGUGACCUAGCUCUGUAUUAUAGCAUUCUAAAGAAAAUCAAAAAAACAAAAAAAAACWAUCUGAUGGUUUGUUUUAUUAAACCGUUCGAUGUUUCUCUAAAAUGCCAAGUAGUUCUGCUUCUUAUGGUGACACGGAUUACGCGUACACCUUGUUAGGUUUCUUUAGAGAACUUYCUUUAGCUCUUUUUAAGSGAUGAAAUAGACAAGACAUGCAUGAUUCAUCCUGAAGAUGAAGAACCACUGAAGAUGAGCCUACACUAACAUACAUUUAAAAAAAGAGGCUAGCUUAACUUCAUCAGGAAAGUACCAAUGUCAUGAGAAUGCAUACUGUAGCAUUAACAACUUAAAACGCCUGGAAGGUUCAAUGUAGUUAUAUGACUAGCAAGCAAAAGAACGGAUGCUCAUUUAAUGUUACUUACAAUGGUGACCAUCAAAGUAUAUUCAGCUGCUUUUUAAAAUCUUGCCCAAGCAGGAUUCUGUGGUUAUUUACAUCACCCGAGCCACGAUUGUCACCUUUUUCCAUCAUUGUUGGUAGAAUCCCGUAGAGUGGCAUUAAAGCAUWACUUUGUUCAUAUAAUGUAACAUUGUAAAGAUGGAUCAGUGUUUUAUUAACUUAGAACCAACAUUAUUUAGAUAUUAUAUCAGCGUUGUUUUAACGUUGUAUCAACAUUAUGCCGGGCUGGCCCAGUGUGAUUGGCUCUGCACUGUGGGUUUCUCUAAGGCUCAUAGACAGUCCUGCGACCACGCCCCCAGGGUUGGGUGUGUGGUAAGGACAGAGGAGGGGAAAGGGUGAACAGUCUCUGUCCUCUUGCCACAUGUACAGUAUCUCUCCGGCUAUGACAGCCGGUAAAUGUGCUCUCAUCACCUCUUCAGUUCACAGUCUUUAUUCCUUAGUUCUCUAGGAGAACCUUGACCAGACCACAUGUUCAGUACACUACAACUCCAGGCACUGUAGGAUGUUCUGUAUGGACCGUUUACAGAAUCCUAUGGAUAAGCCUUGUUGCGGAGUUCAGGGCCAUAUCAGGACCAUGGACAGAGACCAUCUCUAUCUCCACUUCUAGCAGCAGUCUGGGGCACAGAUAAUAUUUUCAGUCCAUCCUUUAACCUGCCAAAACCCCAGAUGCACAGACACCCUGCCCCCAUGUAAAUAAGACACAUAGCCAGUCUGUAUGAAUCUUAGAGAGACACAUCACUCUCUCACCACAACCACACAGCUGGCUAGUAUUGGAAUGUUUUGAAUAUUUUUCAACAAAAAAAUAUGUGUUUCAGAUGAAAUGUAGUGGUGUAGUGACUAAGAGUUGAGCUGACUGAUUUAACCGAGCUGUAAAUAAAACUAAAACUUUCAACAGACAGUCGUAGCUAGAGGCUUGUGAAAUUUGUCGUGCAUAUUUUUGUGUUUUCUCUCUAUCGCAUUCUUUCUUUGGUCACUCCAAACUUUAAAGUGUAACACUCAACACCUAAAUGUCUUUAAAGUGUGAUUCCAAUUCCCUGUACCUCUUCCUGUGUCUGUGAUUUGAAUCAAUUGUUUAUGCUAAUGGAAUGCAACCCUUGCUCAUAUGGAUAUAAAUAUAUAUGCAUCUUCCGCUGGAAUAGUCCUCUGUAUUCUAUUGUAUUAUCUUUCCUAUUAAAUUGCUUAGCGCUUCUCCCUGUUACACUCUUAUUUUAUAUGCUAAUAUUUAUAUCGCUGUUUAUUUGUUUGUUUUUGUUUACUCUUUGAACACUGACAUUUCCAAAUAAAAAUGUAUUCUAAAAUCA